AUGCACCUUGCAGCAGACCUUGUGGCUGGGGUUUGCAGCCGGUUGGAUUCAGUCCAGCAGCCCAGCUCCAGGACCCUGAUGAAGAAGUUAGUGGCCCUGCUGGCUGGCGAGGCGGAGCAUCUGGACACAGUGAUCUCAUGCCUUCUGGACUACUCCUUCCCUACAGACAGCAAUGCGGCCGAGCUAUGGCAGUUCCUAUCUGCUGACCCGGCCCUCGGAGGACAGGUGAUGGAGAACCUGGUUGUGAAGCUGCAGAGUCACCACAGCUCUGAGCACCAAGCCUCUCACACGUCUGCUGCCGCCACAUGCGCCCUCUAUGAGAUGAUCUCGGUGAGCAAGUCCAGAGAUGCCACAACCCGCCUCUAUCCUCAGCUGCUAAUGGCUCUUCUUGUCGAAAUCCAUUUCAGCCUGGGACAGAGCAUACCAGGGGAUAAAGUCUCUGGAAGGGAAAGCAGCCGGCAGAGCCUCCACACCAGCUCUGCAGUGGAGGCUAUAAAGAUGCUGCUUCUCUGUGUUGGCUGCCGUUCCGAGCUGACUGUUAUGGAGAAGGGGCAAGGCUGGAUCCUCCUACAAAGCCCCCAAGAUCACCUCCAUGGGGUGAGCCUGCUGGCCAGAGCCAUGGUGCACUAUGCUUGCCCUGAGACCACAAGGAUGCUGCUGGACCUAGUGAUCCCGCUCCUCGACAGAGGUGAUAAGAAACACAGGCUGACCAUGAUGGCCUUCUUUGUAGAACUUCUGCGUCACAAAGAGGCCAAGAAGCUCCCAUAUCCAGACACUUUGGACCAUCUCGAGGAGUGGACAAAACACCCCAGCCCAGUUUUCCGUUCACUUGGUCUAAGAGGACUCAGCAUCCUGGCAACCCAACCAGGGAAGGUGGAACAAGUCAAGGCCCUGCUGCCUGCCAUCCUUUGGGGCUCGGAUGAGAUGGAUGAUGGGAGUAUUCUGGAGGCCAUCUCAGCUGUUCAGAACCUUCUGCAGAGCCUGGAUGGGAGUGAGCUCACCAGCGUGGCCAGGAAGCUAAUCCCCUUACUCGAUGCUGUGAGACCCCAGGUGCGCUCUGCUGCCAUCAUGCUCUUUACAGAGUUGCUUAACACAGUGAAGAGGAGGCAGAAGCCCCUGCUGCAGGAGGAAGUGACCCGCAGCCUGGUCCCACUGCUCCUUCACUUACAGGACGAGGACCCUGACGUGGGCAAGAGGUGUCAGAAAGCCUUGGCUGGGUGUUUUCAGCUCCUGGGAUGGUCUUGUCCUAAGCAGAUUAACAGCAAGAAGGCUUGGCACACCCAUCCCCGGGUGGUGGACAAGAUCUGCCAACACUCUGUGCUGAAGCUCAAGAGCGUAUCUGACAUCUUGCUCCAAUGUCUGGAUCACCUCCAAAGCCCCCAGGCUCCAAUACGAUGGGCAGCAGCCAUCUUUAUCGGUAACCACGACUUUUCUUAA